AGUUAUUAUAUUCUUCCUCGCGUAUUACGUGAUGUGUCCAACAUUGAUACUGCCACUACUCUUCUUGGUCAGAAGGUAACAACUCCAAUAGGAGUUGCUCCUACAGGAAGAUAUCACGUCGCUCAUACUGAUGCAGAAAUCCCUGUCGCAAAAGCUGCCAAGAGGAGAGGCAUGUGCAUGAUACAAAGUAUAUUCUCAUAUAAAAGUAUUGAAGAGGUUACAGAGUCGUGUGAAGGUGAAGGAUUAAGAUGGAUGCAAGUGCAACCAAUGAAUGAUCGACCUGUAUUGGCUGAUAUUAUUCAAAGAGCAGAGAAAGCUAACUACAAAGCUAUUGUAGUCACUUGUGAUUAUCCAAGGCUACCAAUGCAUUACAAAAUAAUGAAAAUUUGGCCACCUAGUCCAUCACCAAGUGAUGCAAAAGGACACUAUGCAGGAAACUUCUCAAAAGAAUGGAAUGAUUUUAUAUAUAGUGAUCUGUCUGGCUUGAGAAAAGUACUGGAGAAACACAUUAUUAACCCUGGAACUUGGGAGAUUGUGGACUGGGUAAGAAGUGUAACGUCACUGCCAAUAGUACUGAAAGGUAUCCUACAUCCUGAUGAUGCUAGAGAAGCUAUUAAACACGACAUACAAGCAAUACAAGUAUCAAAUCAUGGUGGAAGGAAUAUCGAUGAAACCCCACCAACUUUAUAUGCCCUGCCUGAGAUUAUUAAAGCAGUCAAUGGAAAGGUUGAGGUUUAUGUUGAUGGUGGAAUACGUCAAGGUACUGAUGUAUUGAAGGCACUAGCACUUGGAGCUAGGGCAGUGUUUGUAGGGAGACCAAUAGUAUGGGGACUUGCAUGCAAUGGUGAAGAUGGUGUUUAUGAUGUGCUUAGGAUACUAGGCAACGAGUUUGAGUAUGCUAUGAGUUUUGCUGGUUGCUCAAGUCUUGCUGACAUUACUAGUGAUAUAGUCCGUCACAAGACUCACUAUACUAAACAAUAGUUUUCAAUUCCUUCAGGCCUAAUAAAGAAAAAACUUUAUAGUAAAAA